AUGGCCUACAACCAGCCCGAUCACGCUCUAGCCAUCCCUAUCGACCCCGCACCUCCUGAGCGGGUGUACGACGCCCUCCUAUACCAUCUCGGCCCCGCCCACACAUACGAUCUACUCAGUACCAUCUCCCACUUCUCGCCUGCGACCUCCAUCUCGACCAAGGCGCUCGGGGACGCGGAUAGCCUCGUCAGUCGCUGUUUCGGUAUCAAGCAUUUCGAGGCGAGGGAGCUACUGCACCAUAUGGCGGUGGAGGGUGGGUGGAGAGUGGCUGGGACGGGAUAUGAGCACGCGGGAUAUAUGGUUCAGGGAGUGGGCGCGCAGCAAGAGGAGAUGAUGAUGAUUGAUCAGGAAUUGGUGGAGUUCGUGAGCGAGGAUGGAGAGAGGGAGACGGUAUCGAGGGCGGUCGCGGAUCUGUUGGGCCGGAUGGGGCCGCCCCAGACGGAUAUGGCGGGAGGGGCGCAGGCGGAGAGGAAGAAGAAGAAGAAGACGAAGAGGGGAGGAGGAGGAAAGAAGAAGGGGAGGAAGGGGAAGACGGACCAGUGGGAGUACGCGCGGAUGAUGGGGAAGGCGGUCGCGGCGUCUCUGUUGGCGAAGGAAAAGACUAGGCGACGUCGUCACGCUUCAGCUACACGUGCAUGCGUUACACCUAGCCCGGGACAUCAUCACCAGGGAACAGAUUGGGAUGCCUCCGAGGUGGUCGUCAAGAUACAGCUAACCCGUCGUCAUCAGAGCUGGAUAGUUUCAGCUCAGGCACGAGAUCGCCCUCCACUACUCAACCCGCACAGACCAGCCAUCAUGCACCCCGCACGCGCCGCUCUACUCCGUCCCCAGCUUGCUCCUGCGCUAUGGGCUUCCAGCUUCAAUCCACUUAUUCCCGCCGCACCGCCCACCCCCCCGCCGACCGCUCCGCUCGCACUUCCCCCUUCAUCCAACCCACUCCGGGACGAAGUCCACGCAAUGCUCCUCUCCGCCCUCGGCCCAGCUCACGCGCACCACCUCCUCUCCAUCCUCUUCAACCUCGCCUCUUCCGCCUCCGCCUCAACCUACGCCGUCCCCGCCGCCGACGCUUUCGGCUCCCGCGCCGACCAGGGCAGCUGGAAACGACCCCUCCCGGCGGUUCCUAUCGGCCCCGCAGCGUACGUCGAGGCCGCUCGAUUCAGGCAGGCCGAGCAAGAAACGAGGGCGCUCGAGGUGAUGUCGAAGGUGAUUAUGGAGAUGAUAGGGGUACAGUACAAGGUUGCGAGAUGGAGAGUGUAUGAUUUGGCGACGUCGGGAGAUUGGAGGAGGGAUAUACGGGAUGGGGACUGGGAGGUGAGGGAGGAGGCGACAUUCGGCGGGCAGGGGGUGGAGGAAGGGGAGAUGGAUGAGGACGAUAAGAUGGAUAUAGAUGAGGAGCUGGUGGGGCUCGUAGAGGUGGAUGAUAAGGAGCAGACGAGGCGGUUGUUGGCGAGGAUGGGACCUGCACCAGGCAAGCAGCAGGGAUCGAGACAAAGGCAGCCUGCGCAGGGAAGGGGCGGGAUUGGGAUUGGGGGUGCUAGCGCUAGCAGAGGAGGCGGAGGCGGCGGGGGCGGUAGUGGCAGUGGCGGCGGAGGAGGCGGCAGGAAGGCGGGUAAGAGGGAGAGGGCGUUAGCGAGGGAGGCGAGGCAGAGGAUGAUGGCGAGUCACAUCAGGGCGACGGGGACGGAGGGGAAGGAAGGGAAGAAGGGGAAGGGGAGGAAUCGACGGUGA